AGUGCAUGUUAUUUUAUGAUUGUUCUCACUCUUUAUGACCUGAGAAAUGUGAGUGAGUUUAUAUCACUGAACACACUUUUCCUCGACCACUUUGAUUAGGUUUCCUGUGUAAUCACCCAUUUACUGUACCCAGUAGAACUGAAGCCAUGGACCAGGAGCCAACUAUGUGGAUAAAAAAAGAGGGACAGGAUGAAGUACAAACUGAGUUACGCCUCAUGGCCCAAGUGUACCCAUUCAGCAUGAAUGUAAAAGAAGAGUUGGAGGACAGUGUGAAUAAAGAGUUUCUUGAAGACCCAUUGAAGACUGAUGACCUUUGUGUUUUGGUAAAGCGAGAUCCUGAACUGAAGCAAGAUGCUGAUGGAUCUGAGCUUAAUCCUGUUAAAGAUCCAUUGGGAAUAUCUUGGUCCACUGAUUUUGUCAAGGAGGAGCCACAAUUAAAUUUGGAAAUAAAUGUAACGGAGAAUAUUGUGGAAACCUCAACAAGAUACACACCUGAUACUGCAAGAUUGACUCAGAGUACUGGUCGGAGGUGUGGCAUAUCAUGUGAAAUAACAUGUCACCAUGGACUGCUCCAGAAUGAAUUUGUGACAGACAUGGAGAAGUCAACACAAGAGUUUGGUACCUGUACAGAAGAUGUGACUGUUGAUAAGAAAUGCUCAGUUGCAACCCAACAUGACUGUAGUAAGAGGGAAAAGGAAUUGCAUGUAUAUAGCUGUAAUUUCUGCCAACAGGGCUUUCCUUCAAAAUACAGACUCAUAAAGCAUGUGUUUAUGCACAUUGAUGGCAUGCAACCACCUUUGUAUGUUUGUAAGUGGUGUGGUGAGGUAUUUAACAGUAAUGUUAGUUUGAAGAAGCAUUUGAGAAUGAGCGAUAAUUAUCAUGUCCUAACUCUUGGCAACAGUGAAAAAUAUGGCUGUAGUGAUGAAUAUCAAAGCAAUAUCCUCUUGGAUAGUUUGUCAGAAGUUUCUGUUACAGAACACAAUGUGCAGUCUUCAUACAAGGAAACUUGGAAAGAUUCGAAGAAGUCCUCUAAUGACAUGUGUAACACACACGUUAGAAAUGAUGCAGAGAAAAUAAAUGACUAUGGAACUUUGUCUACAGUUGUUAAUGUCAGUGCCCAGGCUGAUCGACUUACUGGACACAGAACCGACAAAUGUGGUAUUUGUGGCAAAUUGUGUGGUAGGUCAGGUCAUCUCAAGAGAGACAAAUUAAAUCACAUGGAAAAGAAACCCCACAAAUGUGGGAUUUGUGACAAAUCGUUUGCCCAGUCAGAUCACUUAAAGACUCAAAUAUUAAUUCACACUGUAAAGGAACCUCACAAAUGUGAGAUUUGUGGGAAAUGCUUUACUAUGUUAGGCAGUCUUAGGAAGCAUGCCUUAAUUCACACUGGAAAGAAACUUCACAACUGUGAGAUUUGUGGGAACUCUUUUGCUAGGGCAGAUCAUCUCAAGACUCACAUUUUAAUUCACACUGGAAAGAAAUCUCACAAAUGUGAAAUUUGUGGGAAAUCGUUUGCUAUUUCAGACUACUUGAAGAGACGUUUUAAAUCACACUGGUAAGAAACAUCACAAAUGUGAGAUUUGUGGGAAAUCCUUUGCUUUGUUGCAUGCUCUCAAGAGGCGUGUAUUAAUUCACACUAGUAACAAUUCCCACAAGUGUCACGUUUGUGGGAAGUCUUUUGCUAGGGCAGAUCAUCUGAAGACUCACAAUUUAAUUCACACUGGAAAGAAACCUCACAAAUGCGAAAUUUGUGGGAAAUCUUUUGCUAGGUCAGACUAUCUGAGGACACACUUACUAAAGCACACUGGUAAGAAACAUCACAAAUGUGAGAUUUGUGGGAACUGUUUUGCUAGGGCAGAUCAUCUCAAGACUCAUAUUUUAAUUCACACUAGAAAGUAAGCUCACAGAUGCGAGAUCAGUGGAAAAUCAUUUGCUGGGUCAGGCGAUCUCAAGACACAUGCAUUAGAACACAUUGAAAGGGGACUCACAAAUGUGAUAUCUGUGACAAAAGUUUCACUCAAUUGGGUACUCUCAAGACACAUGCAUUACUUCACAUCAGAAAGAAACUGCAAGUAAGUGUUUGUUUACACAAAUAGGUUUUCUUGGUUGGUGCCUUAAGGCCUAUAAAAUAAUGGAUGUAGUAGGGGUAUAAUAAAUUGUAAUUCCUGUGAAAUAACAUAAAAAUGUGAUAGAAUUGUUAAAAAAUGUGCAGUGAUGUGUACUAGAGUGGUAACAGGUAAUGUGACAAUAUAAAAAUUCAUAUCUGCUGAUUGAGAUGUCAAGAACUUGUAUUACUAAAUACUCCUGAAACAUGAAUCAAAUGUGUGUUUGUCAAUAACACUGCUGCUUUUUCCUAUCGAUCUUCAGACAUUUAGAUAGUGAAUUCUGAUAAAUCCUUACCUUCAUCAUUAAUCAUAAGUACCAUGCAAUAUUCAGUAUAAGGCCAAGGAUAUGUGAUGACUUGCUGCUUAUCAUUCCAGAUAUAGUCAGCAUGUAGUACUUGUAACUCUGCAUUUUAGAAAGAGUAAGAGCAAAAAUAUAUUCAUGGCACUUCCUUCACGAAGGCUA